UUUUAAAAUAUCAAGACAAGUAGGUAUGAUUCUCCAGGAUGAGCUAGAGGCCAGCAAGUUUUAUCUGUUUAUGCAUGAAGCUCUUUCGGCAGUGAAAGUCAAAGUCAACUGCACCUUUAGUAGAUUAUGCUAGGGAACGGGUUAAAGAGUAGUAGUAAACUUCAUGGUCUAGCUGCUCCUGGCGAGAAUUUCUGCUCACAAUGUUCGCAAGAAUUCAGCCGUAUCUGCUGGUUAUCUUCAUUCAAGUUUUGGUUGUAGCAGCAAUCACAAAUCCACAGGAUUUUGCUGCUCUGCAAUCUCUCAAAUCUGGAUGGGAGAAUGCACCACCAAAUUGGGUUGGAACAGAUCCAUGUGGGAGUGGUUGGGAUGGGAUUGGAUGCAGCAAUUCUCGCGUCGUCUCUAUAACAUUAGCGAGCGUUGGUUUGAGUGGUCAAGUACCUGGGGACAUCGCCGAUUUAUCUGAACUGCUGACUCUGGAUUUAUCAUACAAUGAAGGAUUAACUGGAUCUCUUCCCAGAACAAUUGGAAAUUUGGCAAAGCUAACAAGCUUAAUCCUCGUUGGCUGUGGCUUUUCUGGUCAGAUACCAGACACCAUAGGAUCUAUGAAGCAGCUAUAUACUCUGUCGCUAAAUUCUAACAAGUUUAUUGGCCCAAUACCGCCUUCUAUCGGUGCUCUACCAAGACUUCAUUGGCUGGAUUUAGCCGACAACAAGCUUUCUGGCAGCAUACCUGUCUCAAAUGGAACUGCACCUGGUCUUGAUAUGCUUGUCCAGACACAGCACUUUCACUUUGGCAAGAAUCAGCUGUCUGGUGAAAUCCCAUCUCAACUUUUCAGUGGAAAUAUGUCUCUGAUUCAUCUGCUACUGGAGAAUAACCAGCUCACGGGAAAAAUCCCUUCCACCGUGGGCCUUAUCCAAACUCUGGAGGUGUUACGCCUUGAUAGGAACUCAUUGAGCGGACCAGUUCCGCAAAACCUCAGCAAGCUCACCAGUGUUCAGGAGCUGUUCUUAUCAAACAAUAACUUGAACGGGCCCCUGCCUGAUCUCACCGGUAUGACCUCCCUCAAUUACCUGGAUAUGAGCAACAAUACAUUUAAUGCAUCGGAUUUUCCUCCAUGGAUUUCAACCUUACCGUCUUUGACAACGCUAGUAAUGGAAAACACAAAUCUUCGGGGGGGAGUUCCAGAAACGCUUUUCAGCCUUGCUCAGCUGCAGUCUGUGAUAUUGAAGAAUAAUCGAAUCAAUGGCACCCUGAGUCUUGGAUCCAGUUACAGCAAUGAGCUACAAUUAGUUGAUUUGCAAAAUAAUACAGUUGAGUCCUAUACUGACAGAGCUGGUGGGUACCGCAGUAUUCAGAUAAUACUUGUAGAUAACCCAAUUUGUCAAGGAGAAACACAAAGCUACUGUAUCCCUCCUCGACAAGCCAAUUCCUCAUAUACAACUCCGAGUAAUUGCUCGAGGCCUCAGUGCAGAUCAGAUCAAGUUUCUAGCCCCAACUGUCAAUGUGCAUAUCCAUACACGGGCACCCUAUUUUUCCGGGCUCCUUCGUUCUCUAACUUGGGGAACUUGAGCACUUUUCUGGCUCUGCAACAGAGAUUGAUGUUCACAUUUCAGUCUCAUCAGCUGCCUGUGGAUUCAGUUUCUCUGAGUAAUCCCUCAAAAAAUUUAGAUGACUAUCUUACUUUAAGCCUUGAAGUUUUUCCGUCUGGCCUGGGUUACUUCAACCGCACAGGAAUUUCUGCAAUUGGUUUUGCGCUUAGCAAUCAAACAUUUAAGCCUCCCCCAUUCUUUGGGCCUUUCUUCUACCGUGCGAACGGCUAUCAAUACUUCACUGGUGAUCUUUCAAGCUCAAACAAGUCAUCUAGCAGCACUGCUAUUAUUAUUGGAGCAGCAGUGGGUGGUUCUGUCCUCCUUUUAUUGUUACUUGUUGCAGGAGGUUAUGCUUUCCGCCAGAAAAGAAGAGCUGAAAUAGCUGCUAAACACAUUGAUCCUUUUGCAUCUUGGGACCGAAGUAAAAACAAUGGUGGUGUUCCUCAGUUAAAAGGAGCACGGAAUUUCUCAUUUGAAGAGGUUAAGAAGUACACAAAAAAUUUCUCAGAAGCUAAUGACAUUGGGUCCGGCGGUUACGGCAAGGUAUACAGAGGAACUCUUCCCACUGGACAAUUGGUUGCCGUUAAAAGAGCUCAGCAAGGAUCUACGCAGGGUGCUCUUGAGUUCAAAACUGAGAUUGAGCUUCUCUCAAGGGUUCACCACAGGAAUGUUGUCGGCCUGGUGGGUUUUUGCUUUGAUCAAGGUGAAGAAAUGCUAGUCUAUGAAUUUAUUCCAAAUGGCACACUGAAGGAUAGCCUUUCAGGGAAGUCGGGGAUCAGGUUAGACUGGAUGAGGAGACUCCGGAUAGCCCUUGGUGCAGCAAGGGGAAUACAAUAUCUGCAUGUUCUUGCUAAUCCUCCAAUCAUACAUCGGGAUAUAAAAUCAAAUAAUGUCUUGCUGGAUGAAAGGUUGAAUGCAAAAGUCGCUGAUUUUGGUCUGUCCAAGCCUAUGGGUUCACCUGACAGGACUCAUGUGACUACACAAGUCAAAGGGACAAUGGGCUACAUGGAUCCUGAAUAUUACAUGACUCAACAACUGACUGAGAAGAGUGAUGUGUAUAGCUUUGGGGUGUUACUGCUGGAGCUUAUAACUGCAAGAGCCCCAAUUGAAAAGGGGAAAUACAUUGUUCGGGAGGUGAAGCUAGCAAUGGACAAGACAAAAGAUCUUUAUAACCUUCAAGAACUUAUCGACCCUGUCAUUGUGUCAAGUGUAGCUCCCGGAAGUCUAGAGAAAUUCGUGGAUCUGGCAUUGGAUUGUGUUGCAGAAGAGGGAGUUAACAGACCAACAAUGAGUGAGGUUGUGAAAGAGAUUGAGAGCAUCAUGGAACUGGCUGGGCUGAACCCCCAUACCGAAUCUGCGUCAACUUCAGAUAACUACGAUGGAGCACGCAAGGGAGAUGAACAUCCUUACAGUGAUGAUAGUCUCUUUGUCUACAGCGGCGCCUAUCCUCAUUCCAAGUUGGAGCCCAAGUGAGAUUUGUUCACUGGCAUUUGGCAUUAACAUGUAAGGAUUUUUAAAAACCUGGUUCUGUAAGUAGCAGGUCAUCGCCUAGACCUUUCUUCAUUUGUACAUCUUAGAAGAGUGUUUUGUACAAUCUUCCUCCAAUUUGAUGUUGGUCGACAAUGUCGAUGGAAAAGUCUAUAGAGGCUACAUUCUAGCCCAAGUGUCGAAGAGAAAUACUCACAUAGGAAACCAGCAAGAAUUCUGUGUGAGUCUGCUUAGUUAAAUUAAUUAUUUCACUCUGCUAAAACUGUAGUGUCUUUCUGGUCUAAGUUAAUGUUGCCGAUUGUAAAUGCACUGCCAUCUAUUGAUAAAAAUGAACUUGGACAGCCUUGUGAAUUAA